CGGAGGUCCUCUCGCAGGCCACCGCGGGCCACGAGCAGGGCGUGCUGCUCGGCCUCAGGCACCUUUGCCCCUCGGCCGCGGCGCGGCGAGGACGUCCGACGGGCACGCCGAGGCCGUGGAGGCUCAGGAGGCAGCGGCCCUGUCCAGGGCGGCGCAGCUCGGCGACAGGUUCCUCGAGCCCGGGGACGCCGUCUUCCUGCGGAGGCUGCUCGGCGGCGAGGUCCCGGAGUAUGAUUGGAAAAAGCUCAACAGGAAGGCGACGUUCAAGAUGAGCUACAAGGACCGCCCGCUCCACGAAGAUCCAGGAUGUGCUCGUGAAGCUCCUUGCCGUCUUCGAGGGCAAUGUCGCCGAGGCGCACAAGAAGGAGGCGGACUCACAGGAGCUGUACGACAAGCUGCUCGCAUCCAAGACGAAGGAGAAG